UUACACAUUUGAAUAAUCUACUAAAAUAAAAUGGAAGAUACGAGUAUUGUUUCUGGAACAGAGAAAGCAUUGAUUAGAAAAGAAGAGAGGUUCAUUAAUCUCAUGAUUAGGAAUCUCCACUUGUCCUUGCUCUGAUCCAACCACAUUUCAGUCUCUCAACAAUACUGGUUCCUCAGCCGUAAAAGUAGGCUGAACCAUAGAUUAAUAAAAGAGAUAAAGAAGCUCUGCAGAAGUAGGAGGAUUGAAGUGUCAGGCAUCUCUAUUUUCGUGAAUAAAAGGUGGAAAGAGUGUGACAGUUUUAUCAAGCACUCAUCACCAAUAAAGAUUCCUAGCCUCCAACUGAACUCAGAGCCUAAAGUCCCUAUCAUUCCCUUGUCUGCCUUUUCACCAGGCCUCUCUAAAGUUCUUCCCUCCGUUUGUUACCUCGUUUUCAUAUACAAGUGGAGCAUUAGAAAGAAGGACCUUCAAACCAUCGUCUCUUCUGCCUCGAACAGCAACGAAGUUACAUUUUCAAGUUGCAAGUUGGAUGCAGAAGGGAUCGAGUUCACCCCAAAAAUUAUCUAUAAGACCUCAGUGCUAAGAUUCCUUGAGUGCAGCAGCAUCUCAGGCACUAGCACAGAGCUGAAUACUUCUUUGUUUUCCUCAAUCUUGAAAGCUGUUUCACUCUGCCCUCUGCAAAGGUCUCUGAAAACUGUCGACCUGUAUAAGAGUGGAGUAUCUGAGGAGUUUGUCAAGGAAGAGAAGAAGAAACAUGGUCUCAAUAAUAUUCAAAUUAUUGUUGGCAUCAGUUAAUUCUUCAGUAUUCAGCACUAUUCCUGGGGUUUUGGGGUUUUGG